AUGGCUCCUCGCGCUCGACCUGCUCAUACAGAAGUCUUUCACCCCAACUUUGAUCCAGGCGUGACAGGUUGUCGAACCGGUAUUGUACCCCCCAAAGACGUCCGAAGAGGUUCAGAUGGAUUUGAGAGAUUUUCAGAUUACGACCCAUCACCCCAAAAGUUCUCACCACUUAAGCAAUCACCUCUCAAACAAGCGAAACGAAUUAGAACUCAAAGACCUGACAAAUUUCAUGAAAUAGGAGAAAGAGGAAGGAAGACAGGCGUCAGUCCACCAGCAAAUGCACCACGUGGAUCAAAUGGGUUUGAAGAUUUUGGUGCAUAUCUUGCUAAAGCUACGGAACUAACAAACAAGGAUAUCGAACGUGAAAGAAAAAAGAAUGCGAUCAUCUCACGUAAUGCGAGAAAGAUGUCAGUGGCUACAUUUGUUGAUGAUGGAGAAGAUGACUCUGAGCUAUAUCGAGAAGAAAGUAUGAGUAUCAUCAAUUCAGAUGUAGAGUCAUCCAGACCUCCUCACGCUUAUCACCGCGCCGAGUCAGCCCAACGUGGCGCAAAUGGCAGAAAUGGUUCGGUACUUCGAAAAAAUCGCGGUGAAAGUCCAGACUCAGCAAGUAGUCCGGUCCGAACCGCACACGACUCUGAGCUUCUUAAUUUUGAACCAGCACCCGAAGAACCUGUUCAGAGGAAGAAUAAGAGACAAAUCAAUAGUCAAUCCCCUGAUCAAGAUCACCGAAAUGAUAAAGGAAAACAGAAGGCGUUUGAAAAUGGUUACGAUACCGAUGGGAGUGAUGGUGGAGGUGGCGAUGGAUUUGAUUAUGACCAAGGACCUCAAGACGAUGAUCACAAUGAAGAACUGGAGCCAUUGGAAGAUAUCCCUGAAGAAAACGAAGAAGAUGAGGGUUUAGUAAAUGGAGAAACUGCUGAAACACGAGAAGCUGAAGCCGCUCAACCUAAGCGGAAAAAACAGAAUAUACGACCGCCGCCUCCUUCGAACGGUGUUCGCAAGAGUGGCCGGCAACGAUUACCACGAUUAGCACACUGGCGCGGCGAGCGAGUGGUGUACGGUCGCUCUCGUACCCCAGUGGGCAACUUACCAGUUGUUGGAAUGGUAGAUGUGGUCCGCGUUCCAACUGAGCCAGUUGAGCCUUUUGCUAUGGCACGUAACCGACGAGCCGCCUCUAGAAGGAUCAAAUCUGAAAGUGUACCGCCAGGAAGUCAAGGCCAAGCGCUCGGGAAUGGUGGUCCCGAAGUAGAUUCAGAGACUACCUCCUCUGGUGUAGUUUUUAGUCAAACCAAACAAUCUGAAUGUUGGAGAAGGGUCGUAUCUACACGAAGAGAUCAAUCUGCUGGACGUGAAAAAUUAGCGGGAGGAAAUGAUCAAUUCCAAUUUCAAAGAUUGUUUUCUGAAUCCGAUUUUGCUGCAUCUGGAAUCUUAUACAUUCCAAUAGGAAAAGCUAAACCAACUAAAGCAUCAAAAGACAACUGUUAUGAUUUUAUUGUGCUACGUGGUAAUGUGUCAGUAAAAAUCCAUCGGACAAACUUUGUAGUUGGUCCCGAAGGCAUGGUACACGUCCCCCGUGGUAAUCUCUAUUCACUUGAAAAUGUUGGAGAUUGUAUUGCCAAAAUCGCUUUUUCACAAUCUCGUCGAAUUACAGCCGGUAGUGAUCCAGAUGAAGAAUCAGAUGGAGUAGAACAACCACUUGAUGAACGUUCAGAUGGUGAGGAUGAAAUUAAAAAAAUCGCCAAACAACCUGAUAACGAUGAUGAUGAUGAAAAUGAAGGACAACAAACUUCUUCAGGAUAA